GCGCAGAAAACUCCCUGUCAACACCUUCUCACUCGGCCUCCGCGAACUAGACAGCGAGUAGGCGUCGCUGGGAUAGUUGGCGUAGGGAUUCGCUCUAUCUAGAGCAGGAGGGCCGUCUCUAUGAUCAGAGGCCUCCGAGGGGGAGGGAGGCCGUGGCUGGCUGGCGCGUGAGGACAGGCAAGGGAGCUCGAGCCCGGGAGACAAGGAGGUGGGGAGGAGGGCGGGGCGGGGCUUCGUGGCGCCCACGGGCCGGGAGCAGCUCAGACUGGCAGUUUAGCAGCGAUUCCCCUUUGUGUCUGGUCUGAGGGAAGGGGAGCAGCCGCUUCGAGACCGCCAAGCAACCGGGGACUGGGAGGCGUCGCGUCGCGCCCUGCUGUGAGAAGAGUUUCCUCCCUCCCUGGCUGCGCUCGCACACGCUUUGCAGAGCGGGCAAAGGAGGAGACCAGCAGGCUGACGGGGAGCUGCUGCCCCUCCAAGGGAGGAGCGGGUGAGAGAGACGGGACUGCUGCGUGUGAACCGGGGGCAGGCUUUGGCUGGCAUCGGGGCAUAAGUCACCCACAGCCCCUUCUCCGAGGUGAAGAAAUAAAAGGCAUUGUGGAGAGAAGGCGGAGCGGGGGGGAUCCAUGGCCCUCCCCGCCCCCUCCCCUCCCCGCCCUUAGCCUCUCUCCACGGGUGGCAGACCGCAAAGAAGAAGGGCGUGAGGGCGGUGAGUAGCCGGGAAGAAAGUCUCCUCCUCGGGAAAGGGGGAAAGGCCUCGCUCGCUCCUUUUCGGCUGGUUGAUGCCAAGAACUGGGGAGCCCUGAUUCCUGCUUCAUCAGAAACGCCAAGACGGCUCCCUCCCACCCACCACCCUUCCUCGCGUUGAGGUCGGAGUUCUUUCCCAUUGCUUGUGUAAGACAAGGGAGUGGAGGCGCAGCAUCGCUUUUCAUCUCGAGGCUGAAGAUGCAUAGGGGGAAUGUGCCCUUUAAAAUUCCUUCUGAAGAAAGAAGACGCCGCCUUAUGUUUAAGUGUUAAGUGAUUGAAAGGAGCUCUCCUCCUAAAAACACCAAACGGAGAGCUUUCCUCUCUCCCCUUAACCUCCUCGGCCUUUAAACCUCCUGCCCAUCCCUGCCUCCUUUUGGGAUUGAGGAAGCUGCUUAUACGUGACAAUCUCUCCUUUAAAAAAACAAAAAACAUCGCUGCUUCUGGAUAUGAUACAUUUGAAAUCUGAGUGGUACUCUGAUACUGUGAAGACGUGUGGGAAAUAAUCUGGGUUUUCGGUUUUCUUAAGGAUGAUUACCUGCUUAGGGAAAAGAAAGUGCCUAUUGGUUUGAAUUGAAAAGCAAGACUCCUCUUUAAUAUUCUGCUAGAAGCGAACAAGGGGAAGCCAAGCCCUGAAACAUGAAGAUAGAUUCGUGGAAUGGAGUAAGAGCUCAGGCAGCUCCUAUUAUCUGCCAUUUGCCCUUUCAGACUGGAUUGUGAACCAAGAGCAAUUAAGACUCUGGGGACAGGAGGUUUCCUCCUCUUGGUAUUAUUUUUAUUAUACACAUCACUCGCCCUUCUGGGUUUCUCCAAAUAUGACUGCCUCCCUGCAGCACCUUUUGCUGGUGCUGCUCUUCUCCAGUGCCACCUUACUCCUCAGCACUGCGGCUGCUGCCCAGAGUGAAGAGACGUUGUGUGCUUUUAGAGACCCAUACCAAAUGGGUCAUGAUCAUGGAAUUAGCGAAAGUCGAAUCUCUCAAGAGAAUGGUACAGUUCUGUGUACAAAAGGCAGCACCUGUUAUGGUCUUUGGGAGAAAUCACGAGAAGGAGACAUACGUCUUGUGAAACAAGGAUGCUGGUCUCAUAUAGGAGACCCCCAAGAAUGUCACUCUGAGGAAUGCAUUGUAACCAACCCUCCUUCUUCAGCUCAGAAUGGAACAUAUCGUUUCUGCUGCUGCAACACUGACCUGUGCAAUGUCAACUUCACAGAAAACUUUCCACCACCAAAUCCUACGUAUGCUCCACCUCCCAAUCCACCUAAUGAUGAAACCAUUGUCAUUGUUUUGGCAACAGUGUCUGUGUUGGCUGUUUUGGUGGUUGCACUUUUCUUUGGCUACAGGAUGCUUCCAGGGAAUCGUAAACAAGGUCUGCAUAGUAUGAACAUGAUGGAAGCAGCCACAUCAGAACCUUCAUUAGACUUAGAUAAUCUGAAGCUGCUGGAGCUGAUUGGUCGAGGGCGAUAUGGAGCUGUGUACAAAGGUUCCUUAGAUGAGCGGCCGGUGGCUGUAAAAGUAUUUUCUUUCACUAAUCGCCAGAACUUUGUCAAUGAGAGGAACAUCUACAGAAUUCCACUGAUGGAACAUGACAAUAUUGCCCGCUUCAUUGUGGGAGAUGAGAGAUUAACUGCAGAUGGGCGGAUGGAAUAUUUAUUAGUUAUGGAAUAUUAUUCCAAUGGUUCUUUGUACAGAUAUUUGAGUCUUCAUGCCAGUGACUGGGUGAGCUCAUGUCGUUUGGCACACUCCAUAACUAGGGGCCUGGCGUAUCUUCACACCGAGUUGCCACGAGGAGAUCACUACAAACCUGCAAUAUCCCAUCGCGAUUUGAACAGCCGUAAUGUAUUGGUGAAGAAUGAUGGAACAUGUGUCAUUAGUGAUUUUGGUCUCUCCAUGAAGCUAACAGGAAAUAGAUUGGUGCGCCCAGGCGAGGAGGACAAUGCUGCAAUUAGUGAGGUUGGCACAAUCCGCUACAUGGCCCCUGAAGUGCUGGAAGGAGCAGUGAAUUUGAGAGAUUGUGAAUCGGCUCUGAAACAAGUCGAUAUGUAUGCACUAGGCCUAAUAUAUUGGGAGAUUUUUAUGAGAUGCACCGACCUGUUUCCAGGAGAAUCAGUGCCAGAGUUCCAGACAGCAUUCCAAACAGAAGUUGGAAACCAUCCCACUUUUGAAGAUAUGCAAGUCCUUGUUUCAAGGGAAAAGCAAAGACCAAAAUUCCCAGAGGCCUGGAAAGAGAACAGCUUGGCUGUGAGGUCACUGAAAGAGACAAUCGAAGACUGUUGGGAUCAAGAUGCUGAAGCUCGAUUGACAGCCCAAUGUGCUGAAGAGAGAAUGGCUGAACUCAUGAUGAUUUGGGAGAGGAAUAAAUCCGUCAGCCCAACAGUUAACCCUAUGUCUACAGCUGUGCAGAAUGAGCGAAAUCUGUCACACCAUAGACGUGUGCCAAAGAUCAGACCAUAUCAAGAUUACUCUUCCUCAUCUUACAUUGAGGACUCAAUUCACCACACUGACAGCAUAGUGAAGAAUAUUUCCUCUGAGCUUUCGAUGUCAACACCAUUGACACUCGGGGAGAAGAACAGAAACUCCAUUAAUUAUGAGCGGCAGCAAGCACAAGCUCGUAUUCCUAGCCCUGAGACUAGUGUCACAAGCUUGUCAACCAACACUACCACCACCAAUACUACAGGCCUCACCCCAAGCACUGGCAUGACCACCAUAUCCGAGAUGCCUUACUCAGGUGAAACAAACCUCGGUGCUGCAAACGGCAUGCAGUCGCUUGGGCCAACUCCUGUUUGUCUGCAGCUAACAGAGGAGGACUUGGAGACCAACAAGCUGGAUCCAAAGGAAGUGGAUAAGAACUUAAAAGAAAGCUCUGAUGAGAAUCUGAUGGAGCAUUCCCUUAAGCAGUUCAGUGGGCCAGAUCCACUCAGCAGCACUAGCUCCAGCUUGCUGUACCCCCUGAUAAAAUUGGCAGUAGAAGCAACAGGGCAACAGGACUUCAUCCAAGCUGGAAAUGGCCAAGCAUGCCUAAUUCCAGAUGUUCAGCCUGCUCAGGUCUAUCCUCUUCCCAAGCAGCAGAACCUCCCAAAGAGGCCUACUAGCCUACCCUUAAGCACCAAAAACUCGACAAAGGAGCCUCGGCUGAAAUUUGGAGGGAAGCACAAAUCAAACUUGAAGCAAGUAGAAACUGGAGUUGCCAAGAUGAACACUAUCAAUGCUGCAGAACCUCAUGUGGUAACUGUUACCACGAAUGAAGUGGCAGGGAGGAGCCAUACUAUAAACUCUCAUGCUGUACCAACCCAGUACGUCAAUGGUACAGUGCCAUCUGGCCAAGCAUCCAGCUCAGGGGCACACAGGGCCCAGGAAAUGCUGCAGAACCAGUUCAGUGGAGAGGACAGUCGUCUGAAUAUCAACUCAAGCCCUGAUGAGCAUGAGCCCUUAUUGCGAAGGGAGCAGCAAGUGAGCCACGAUGAGGGCAUUCUGGAUCGCCUGGUGGAUAGGAGAGAACGGUCACUGGAUAAUGGCCGAACAAAUGCCAACAACAACAACAGUAACCCAUGUCCAGGGCAAAGUGUUACUGUCCGCAGCAACCAGGGCACGGCACCAAAUUCUGGACAGACCCACACUAGAAGAGCACAGAGGCCUAACUCAUUGGAUCUUUCAGCCACAAAUGUUUUGGAAGGCUGUAGUAUGCAGUUGAGCGAGUCAUCCCUGGAUAGCAAACCCGGCUCAGGAGAAAAGAUCAAGAAACGUGUGAAAACACCCUAUUCCCUUAAGCGCUGGCGUCCUUCAACGUGGGUAAUCUCCACAGAACCACUGGACUGUGAGGUCAACAACAACGCUAGUAGUGAUAGGGUGGUCAGUUCUAAGUCCAGCACAGCGAUUUAUCUUGUAGAAGGAGGUACUGCCACAACUAUGGUGUCUAAGGAUGCAGGAGUGAACUGUCUGUGACUUGUUUGAAAGCUGACAAAAAAUGACAUUUUUGCAUUCUGUUCAACAAACAUGCAGAAGACCUUUUUUAAAAAAAGAAACUGCUCUCUCCUGUCAGCAUCCCUUACCAAGGACUUGCUUUAAAUAGAUUUCAGCUAUGCAGACAAUUUUUAGCUUAUGCUUCCAUAUUUUUAAUUUUGUUCUUAUUUUUUUAACCAUUUUUGCACUUUUAUUUAGUAUUGCGAAGUUACAUCUGUCUGUUUUGACCACAUAAUUAUAUAUAUAUGUGUAUCAAAUGUUGUGGUCUCAAAAUAUUUUUUUUAAAAAACAAAAACAAAAAAAUGUAUUGCUGAUAAUCAGUUUGGACCGGUUUCUAAAGGUCACUAAACACAUAAGCCAAUUAAUAAGGCAGGUUUGGCUACAGUGGUGUCUGCUAUUCAUGUUUUGAGUUUUGUGCACAAGCUAGUUUGUAUGUUGCUGUGUGACAGUGUAUUAUCUUUUGAACUCCCUGUUCUUCACUCGUGUUAUGUUGAAAUGUGCAAUAGUCUGUAGUUCACAGUGUGCUUUGUGUUUCCAACCCUACUACACGUUCUCUCUUUCCAAGGUAAAGGUUUUUUUAAUCUUAACAAUCUUGCAGCCAAUGGAUUCCGACUGUGAACUUUGCACAACAUAAUGGGCUUGAAGCAGCUGCUUGAAUCUAUCAAUAUGUGUAUCCUAAGGUCACAGUUAAUGCAUGAUUUUCCUUGCCUUGAAAGGGCUUUUAAAAAAAAAUAAAAAAAGGAAUAGAACAAUGUAUUUUAUUUCAUCCUUCCAGAUUAGCAAGUUUUGAAUUUUCUUCAUAGAGGAUGAUGUAGGUUUGGAAAACUCAAAGCAAGGAAGUGUUGAACAAAAUGGAAGGAAUCAAAGGGUCAGUUUGUGCAACCAGUGGAAGUAGUUAUCUGCAUGAUAAGCUGGAUAUUUUAUAAACUUGCCUCCCUUGGCAGGUUAACAAGCUAAGAAAGCUCUGCCCGAGAUAGCUGAUCUGUGGUCUCUAUUUCUCACAGCCAAGAUACAUGUGGGAAUUGCAAUUAUUGUGCAUGUAAAUUGGCCCCAAAUGUCUACCAUUUUCAUUUUAUCUUUUAUGCAAUUUAACAAUUAAAUAUGGUUUGGAUUUAUGUACAUUUUGGCCUCAUCUUGAUAGUUUAUCUUUUAAAACUUUACUGUAGGUAGGUUGCUAAGACAGUUUUCUUUUAAAGUAGAUUAGAUACAACAUGGACUCACUUGCAUGAUAAUCAUGUGAUGAGUUUCUAUGCUUCUGUCACUGCCUAGAGCUGAAUACUGACGGUCUAGAUCAGUGUUGCAUCAGAUUGCCUAUGUGCACUGAAACUGGCUGAUUUGGAGUGUUAUGAAAAGGAUUCAUUGCAGAUUUUCCCCCUUUUGCAUCCAUUGCCCUUUUAGAACACUAUUCAUUCUGGUCAUGAUAACAUAUCAAGGUUUGUCUAGGGGAAAUGUUCAGAAUACAUGUAACACUACAUUUGUGCAUGACUAUCAAAACAUCUGGCCACAUGAAAAUACCAUUUUGAAUGUCAAUAGGGACAUCUCCCUAGACAGGAACCAGUAAAUAUUUGCUUACUGGCCCUUGUCCCAGCAUGAAGCCCUCUGUCUCUGUUGUUGUUUAGGAUUAUGAACCUUAACAAAACUGAUGUAUUUAUUGGCUAAAUAGCACCUAGUAUGAUAUGCUUUUGAAUAACUGGUUGAGUUCUGUUUUAUUAUGACCCAGGACUUAACAGAACAGUAAUUCUGUCCGCUUAUCAAUAUCACUACAGCACGUUGACCCUGUAUUAGUUUCUGACAGAUGACUUAAUACUGUCCUGUAGAUUCCUUGAAAAUUAUUUAUUUCCUUAAUUCUGUUUUUACCAAUAUUUCUUCACUCUUACUUAAGUCCUGAACACUACACUUGGUGUUCAUAAUGUACAUCCAGUUACAAAGGAUUGCAUCAAAUACCAGGAACAUUUAGACCAUCAAAGUCGUUUCAGCACAUAUAAAUAAGAUUAAACUCAACACUAUAAGUAAAUUAGGAUCACAUCUAGAAUCUAUCAUGUGGAUGAAUGUUCAAGACUUUGCAUCCAAUAAGACAUGUGUUUAGGAACACUGAAAGCUGCCUCAUACCCAGUCAAACCAUUGGCCCAUCUGGCUCAGUAUUGUCCACACUGACUGACGGCAGCUCUCUAAGGUUUCCGUCUCACUCAGCCCUCCCUACCUGGGGAUGCUGCCAGGUAGUGAACCUGGGCCCUUCUGUGUGCAAAGCAGAUACUCUACCACUGAGUUAUGGCCCCAUCCCCAGGCCACUCUGUGUUUGCAUUAGAUAUUAAAUCUGUUGAAAGCUCUCUAAUCACCUUCAGGGUUUGUUUGUUCUUCAUGGCCCACUCUUCAUCCCUUUUCAAAUCUUUCACUUUCCCAUUCAUAUUUACUUGCUGCAGUGUCACAUCCUGGAUAUAGCUAGAAUGUAACAACAUGAGAGCACAUGAUACAGCCACCUUGCUAAAUCUAAGCAGGUCUAGGUCUGGUCAGUGUCUGGAUGGGUCCCCACCUGGGAAUCCCAUGUAUGCUGCUUUGAUUUCCAUGGUGAAAGAAAAGUGGGAGAAUAUAAUAUAAUUAAUAAAUAUGGUGAUUUCUUGCCUUCCCCAAUACCAAGGUUAUAGUAUGUCUAAUGUGCCAGUUCUUUGAGGAUCUCUGGUCUGAUUUUUUGAAACUUGUCCAUUUAUUGGGGUUAUGGCCCUACAUGUUUUGUUUGGUUUUAGACCAGGCCUGCUCAACCCACCCCCCCAGCUGUUUUUGGACUACAACUACCCAUAAUCCCCAGCCACAGUGGCCAAUAGCCAGGGAUUAUGGGAGUAUGCCAACAUCUGCAGUUGGGCCGAAGUUGAGCAUCCCUGUUUAGACUAAGGUUGAGCUGGAUAUUUGUGGCUUUCUGUUUUCACAUCAAAACAUUGCCCUUCUGACAAUGGUAAACUUUUUAUUUUAAAAACAGGCAAUCAGUACAAACGAUCAAUUUUUGAGUCUAUUCCAUGGGGAGCGAGCAACUUCACAGCAUUAGAGCCAUAAAGUCCUUAAGGCAAGCCCUAAACAGAAAUAUCUGGAGACACUGAAAUAUCAGCUCAAAUAGGUGGGCAUUCUCCACAUUAAGAAUGGAGAGAAAUAUUUCCAUGAGGGCAUGAUGAGCUGUGGAGACGACUUGCUGCCUGAGCUCUUGGAUGAGGUCUUUUUUCUCUAGGUCCUUUUGCAUGGCUUCCCCUCCAAAAGUUAUCAUUUUGUACAGCAAGAUUGGCUGGCAGUUGCUGUGUAGUUUGAGUGUGGUGUCACUGAUCAUCUUAUAUCUGCAUAACUGGAUGUACUAAGCUUGAAUGCUCGAGUAGGUGACUUAAUGCAUACCUUUCCAUGCCCUGAAAAUAGUACUAUAAUAUUUGGUCCCUAGAUGAUUCCUGCACACUUCACACAAAAUACACCAUGUUUGUUGGUCUAUAAGUAGAGAGUCAUUUUUAGAGAGAAGGAAAAUGCACCAAUAUUUCGGAGAAAAUAAUUCAUCAGAAGGUACCUUAUUUUGCCAUGUUAUGCAGACACAUUUCUUCAAAUGGAUACCAGCAUGGUGUCAAAAGUUCCAUCGUGAAGCAAGUCAGAGGAUUUAUUUUUCUAGUUGGCAGGGUCAUCUUUUACUCAGUAAUUCCCCUCCCCUCAAAUUAUUUACACGUACUGUUAAUUCAGGGAAAGGGAAAUGGUGCACAAGUUAAACAAAUGCACUCUUGUAGUUGUGCUUAAGCUUUGUAAGUAAGCAAGAGAUUUAAAAGAUCAUGAAGACAUGGUAAUUCAUAGAGAAGUCAAUAUAAAGGACUCAUUUUGUGUUAGGUUUAACAAAUGUAGUAGUCCAUACUGUCUUUGUCAUAUUCUUUGCAUUUAGAAAGUUGUUCUGUUUCAGUGGCAACAAUUCACAUUUUUUUACUCAAGUGAACAACUGCAAAAGUUGCACAUCUCUGUUCUGUUAUACAGUACCAACAGUGUUUCCCGAAAGUAUUUUUAAUCCUGAAUGCUCUAGAAAACAAAACAUUGAAAAAAUUACUUUUUCAUGUCUGUGAAAGCAAUUAUCGACUUGUGGUUUAGUAGUCCUUUUGCCUAGAGGUCACUCCCUUUCUUGGAUUUUUCCAUAUUCUUAUCCCUGGAGUAAUAAAAAAUUGUAAUAUGCUUAAAGUUUAUGAAAGUUUAUUCCAAGAAUCUAAUGAAGCAUCAUAUCUGUGUUUUGCUUUUGAUCAUAUGAUAUAUGCCUUUUAAUGCAUGAUUUUUCCAUCACAGUCUCAGGUCUGUCUUGCCAUGUUUGAGACACAAUACACUGAUUUCAGUAUGAAAUAUUAAACCUGUAAUUAGUGGUUUAGUCAGUUAUACUUUUUUCAUUAGCUACUUGAUGCAUCUAAUUUAAGCUUCAAAUUAAUUUGAAUCACAGCCUACAUGUUUAAUAAUCCACUCUGAACCUGAUCACUAACUUAGCUUGUUCUCCCCUUUCAGAGAAAAAGAUAGAGGCCCCUGUUUUUCUUUCUUCUGCUGGAAGAAGAGUUGGGUGAUUUUGAAAAGAAAAAUGGUCCACAAGGAAUGGUUAAGCACCCUGUCCCCACCAACCAGCCUCUACUUCAAAUUGCAGCUUCUAUUAGCUGCUCUUUGUUAGCACAGAGAACAUUAGGGGAAAGUCGCACAGAGCUCUGUGUAAUAUGUAGUUUGGUUUUUAAGUAUUAGAGCACAGAUCUGGCCCAAGCACAAUAUCACGGGCAUUAUCCAAUAGCCCGGACCAGGCUCUACCAUGAAACAGGUUGAAGCAGGCUGCUUCAGGCAGCAGAUUUGGGGGCAUCUGUAACGAUUCUUUGCUUACUCACUUGGAAGUGAACUUGCUUAGGGUUCUUAUACAUGUACACAGAAAGCACCCCAAUGGAAAUACUGAAUUUCACAUUUGUUCCUUAAGCAGGUAUAUAGGAAGGGGAUGAGUUAGUUUAAAAAAUGAAGGAAAGGAGAGAGAUUUGAAAGGAGAAAAGAAAUGGGGGUGUGAUUUUAAGAUGGGGGGGAGGAAGAGGGGACCAUUUGGUGCUCCGCCAGCACUGUCCCUACCAUUUGCUCAACCACGUUCCAGAGAACACUCAGAAUUCCAAUGGCCUUGCUAACUGGGGAAAUAACAUUUGAUCAACAACAAUAUCUUGUAAUGUGAAUGCUAGUAACAUGUGAUAUCAUAGAAACAGGAGUGCUUUAGGAAAAUACCUGGCUGCCAUGCAAAAAUAUGAGCAACCUUUGCACAAUUGCUGCUCUGUGAAUUCAGUGCUCUAAGUCAGAGAAUGAUAGGACACUUGGGGUAAGCAGCCGUCAUUUCCCAUUGUUCACACGUAGAAGAACAUGCUUACCACGUGCUCUGUUUUAAGUUGUGUAUAUAAAACUAUGUGGUGUUGUGUACAGGAAUUUUGUGCACACAAAUUCAUACAAAAUGGCCAACUUUAACCCCUUUGUGUUGCUCAGUUUUAAAGAGGAUCAUUUAAUGAAAGUGAAAAUGGUUUUAAAGUGCCAUUUUAAACAGCCUGCCUAUAUUUCUUUCUUCCCUUUUCAGGUAUAGUAGAUGGCACUGUAAAAAUUUUGGUUUCUUACAACAGGUGGAGCCAAGAUGAGUAGUAAAGGAGCAUACCUGUAUAAAAUGUUUAAAAACAGAAAUUAUGUAUCAGCCUUCUGUGCUCUGCUGUACCCCUUGUAUUUCAGUAGAGCUUUUACUGCAGCACCAUUUUGAAGAUCCAUCUAGAACUCUCCUUUAUCAAUUACUUAACUGGAGCAAAACCACAAAGCGUCCUCUGGUCCUAUAAAAAUCAACAUAUUAUGAACUUUCAUAAACCUCAGCUAGAUGGCCAUGAGACUAGGUGGGCUUGGGUGCCAUAAAGAAGAAACCUAAUUAGAUAGGCUAAAGGAUAAAAUAAAAUGCAGGGGACACAAUACUUGAUCACAUCAGACUUACGUGGCUCCCCUAGACUUAAACCUAAGAAUACAAAUGUAUACCAGAUCCAAUCAGAGGUCAAGACAUGCCUAAAUGUUCCUUUCAGUCCCUAUUAUUGUUCUUUAGUGCAGAAGUAUCUUCCAUACUAUUUUAAAGCACUUGAAUUUAAUCAGAAUUUGACUUGAAUCAGAUUUGAUAAUCUUCGAUCUUUUGAUAACUGUUACUAUUUAACAUUUAUUUAACUCCAACCAAUACUGUGGUAUGCACUGUAUCUUUGGAGGUGGUGUGCAACCAAAUAUUCAGCACUUAUGUGUCACCCAUGAAAAGUUCAAUUAAAUUGCAAAAGAAAUUGACAAAAAAUAACGAAACCAUUCUACUUUCCUCAAGUAUUUUAGUUCAUGUUGCUUACACAGUACUGAACUACAUUUCUUGUUUGUAUAUUCAAACCAAAGGAAAUGUGUUGUAUUGGCAUGCUUGUAAGGUUGAAAUGCAAUUUCUCUGAUGGCUGUGGAUUUAGGGUUCUCCCCCAACUGGAACAGUGGCCAAACACUAGACGAUAAGGGAUGUUGAUAUUUUUAGAAGCUGACAUAUGAAACCAUGUACCUCUUCUAAUUGAAAAAUUAGAAAAAUGCUGAGCUACACAGAAUUCAUGUCCACAGCAAGAUUCCUAGAGGGUAGGAGCCCAAGAAUGCUAGUCUUUUCAGAACUGUCUUGAUUGCUAGUCAUUUUAUUAUUGUAGCACACUUACUGCUGAAAUAUUGAAUUUAUCACUGAUCAGUUUUGCUACUUUUGUAUAAGCUGCCCAGUACCUUGCUAUGCUAUUUAAGUUGUGUAUUACAGAACAGUGUGACUGCAAGUGAAACUUACUGCUUUUUUAAUCAUCUGUGGAUGCCACUAUGAAAGCUGACAUUGUUAAAAGCCACUACAGAGUUUUCUAUGAAUACUUGUAACAAAACGCUUUGUUAUAUAUGAACCUAUAUAAAGAGACUGUAUUGCUACAAAGAAAUUGGAUCAGAACGUUUUAAAACUAUUAUUUAGGUUUGCGGGGGGGAGGCUUGCUGUAAAAUGAUGCAUUAAUCCAUUUAUUAAAAAUCACCUUCAUGAAA